AUGUCAACACACAGCUACAAUCCCGUAACUAUUGAUGCCAAAUUAAUGGGCAUGAUCCUCAACCUGUUUAUCAAAACAGGGAACAUGGCUACAAUCCCUGAACUAUCAACUCCCAAAGUUCUAGCCACUGUUGUUAAAGAUUUUGCAUCAUUCUACGUUAAAGUCCCGUCUGAACCAGUAACUGUUGGACCUCCUAAUCCUGAUGCAGCUGCUACUGGAGAACCUGAACCGGAGUCAGAACCUGAACCUGAACCCGAAUCUGAACCUGAAUCUGAACCUGAACCAGAAUCAGAGGGAGUUAAAUCCAAUUCUGAGGCCUUUGUUGGUUGUGCACAGGACAAGAAUUGUUUCGGAUCUCCAAGUGGUUGUGAGAACACUAAAACCUGUGAUUAUAUGUUUACCUGGAAACUGGACGGGGAUAAGAUGGUUUGGGAAGGAUAUCGGAAAGGAUCUGGCUACGUGGCUGUGGGUGUAUCCGAGGAUAUUGAGUAUACAUGAAUAUAUUUAGAUGGUUUGGGAAGGA